AUUGGUAAAUAAAAAGGCAACCAUUUCCAUCACCAUUAUCGGAACGGAGAACACAAUCUCAGCGAUUUGAGUCGUCGUCGUCUCCGUCAUCACUCAAAUCGCAUUCUCCGAUCCACAACAAUGGCGGUUUCCGACACCUCUCGUCAAUCUCUCAUCCCUAAUUUCAUCUACACUUCUUCCAGUUCUCCUAGCAGCCUGUUAAUGACGAAAACAUCAAACCCUAGCUUGUUUCAUUCAACUUCACCGGCUAAACAGCAAAAUAGCUUCGUGAUUCCUGCUCCGAACGAGCCUCUCGGCAAGAUCGAGAUGUAUUCUCCUCGGUUUUAUGCUGCUUGUACUGUUGGAGGUAUUCUCAGCUGUGGACUCACUCAUAUGACGGUUACUCCUCUUGAUCUUGUGAAAUGUAACAUGCAGAUUGACCCAGCUAAAUAUAAGAGCAUCUCAUCUGGUUUCGGAGUUCUAUUGAAGGAGCAAGGUGUAAGAGGAUUCUUUAGGGGAUGGGUCCCUACCCUGCUUGGUUACAGUGCUCAGGGUGCCUGCAAAUUUGGCUUCUACGAAUUCUUCAAGAAAUAUUACUCCGACAUUGCUGGCCCAGAGUAUGCUGCCAAGUACAAGACUUUGAUCUACCUUGCUGGUUCAGCAUCCGCUGAGGUCAUUGCUGAUGUGGCUCUUUGUCCUAUGGAGGCAGUGAAGGUUCGUGUCCAAACACAACCUGGUUUUGCCAGGGGUCUGGGAGAUGGACUUCCAAAGUUUGUCAGAUCUGAAGGCGCACUUGGGUUGUACAAGGGAUUGGUACCGCUUUGGGGACGUCAAAUACCAUACACGAUGAUGAAAUUUGCUUCAUUUGAGACAAUUGUGGAGAUGAUGUACAAGUACGCGAUCCCUACACCAAAGAACGAGUGCAGCAAAUCCCUGCAACUUGGAGUUAGUUUUGCCGGUGGAUACGUGGCCGGUGUCCUUUGUGCUGUUGUUUCUCAUCCUGCUGACAAUCUUGUUUCCUUCCUUAACAAUGCCAAGGGUGCAAGUGUUGGAGAUGCUGUGAAGAAGCUUGGAGUUUGGGGUCUCUUCACCCGAGGGCUUCCCCUCAGGAUUGUCAUGAUUGGAACUCUCACUGGAGCUCAAUGGGGAAUUUAUGAUGCUUUUAAAGUGUUUGUUGGGCUACCAACAACAGGUGGUGCCGAGACUGCGGAAGCAUAGGUGUUUGUUUGGAUAUGGAGCCUGAGAUGCUUUUUUUACCCCUUCAAACUGAGUCAAUAAACAUAGGUGAUUUUGGAGAGUUAACUCUUUUUUGUUUCGGGACACUAGAAAGGCCUGCAGACUGCAGUGCAGAUUUUAACUUGUAUUUUAUUUUUUGGUAUUGAAAGAGGGAGAAGUUUUUGUUAUGAAAAGACAAAAUGCAAUUUCCACCUUUGGAUAAUAAUUGGGGGCAUAUACUAUUGGUUAUACUUCUGGCCCUGCCUUUUCAUUAACUUAUGUUUAUGUUUACA